AUCAGACAGGUGUGUUGGAGCGGACUAAUGAGGCUGUGGUUCUGCAGCUGUGGGCGCACGGAUCCUGCAGCCUGAGAGCAGACAUGCUGCUGUGUGUCUCCUGCCUGCUGUGGCUCUGGGGGGCCUCUCUCCAGACAGAUGGAAACCAGAAUCAGACCCAGAAUCUGCUGAACGGGACUCUGCAGGAACACUCGACCUUCUCUGCAUGGUUUGGUUUCAGCGACGUUGCAGGCGUUCGCUCCUUCCCUCCUGAGCUGGACGUGGAGACCAGGAUCAUCGGGGGCCAGGAGGCCUGGGCCCACUCCUGGCCCUGGCAGGUGUCCCUCCGCUUCUCAACCAUGCCGGCCUGUGGCGGCGCCAUCAUCGGGCCGCAGUGGGUCAUCUCUGCUGCACACUGCUUCUUAAGGUACAACAAAGAAUCCCUGUGGGAGGUGGUGGCAGGAAAACAUGACCUGGACAAGCCUGAUGAGCCAGGAGAGCAGCUGGUGGGAGUCUCCCGGAUCUUCAGCCACCAGGAGUAUGACACUCGGACCAAAGAAAGCGACGUGGCUCUCCUGAAGCUGGAGCGCCCUCUGGUGUUCACCGACUUCAUCAGACCCAUCGACAUCUGGAUGACGCCCCUGCCUGAGGCCAUGCGGUGCACCGUCACCGGCUGGGGCUCCACUAGAGAGAAUGGUCCUCGAGUCAACAGGCUGCAGGAGGUGAACGUCAGCCUCCUGGCAUCAGACGCUUGUAACGAGUACUACAACGGCAGGGUCCGGCCCUCCAUGUUCUGUGCCGGGAAGGAUGAAGGUGGAGUGGACGCCUGUCAGGGCGACUCUGGGGGUCCGCUGUCCUGCUUCACUGGAGCCAGACACGAGCUGGCAGGGUUGGUCAGUUGGGGGGUUGGUUGCGGUCGAGCCAAGAAACCAGGAGUCUACACCAAAGUCCAGCAGCAUGUUGAGUGGAUCUCUGGCAUAAUGAAUGAUGAAAACAGGAUGUACGACGAUGUUCUCUCAGAGCAGGCCACAGAGGAGCGGUGCGGUAAGCAGCGUAUCUCCAGCUGUGAUCGGCCUCCAGGCACCGCUGGCAUCUCCGUGUCCCAGAAAGGGAGGGUCCAUGUGGAGAACGUGACGGAGUCCUGCCCGUUCUUCUGGCCUUGGAUGGUCAGCCUGCAGUCCAACAAGCAGCACUACUGCAGUGGCGUGUUGAUCCACCGCCGCUGGGUGGUCACAGCCAAACACUGCAGCGUCAGUGCAAAGGAAGACGUGGUUGUUCUUGGCGUUCAUGACCUCAGCCAGAAGUCGGCCCAAACCAUUCUGGUGGAUGAGGUCUUCAGUCCGAUGCAUGAUGCCAGUUUCCCUCCGCGGGCGGACCUCUCCCUGCUCCGCCUCAGCGUCUCUGCCAGUUUUGGUCCAAAGAUUUCUCCGAUAUGCGUUCCUGAGGAGGACGGGGAUGUGGACGACACCUGGUCCUGCUUCACAGCAGGGUGGGGGCGGAGUGAAGGAACAGAGAUGAAUGCCAACCGUCUGCACCACGCUGCGCUGACCCUGGUCAACCAAAGCGCCUGCGUUCAGAAGUGGGGCGACUUCAUCAGCGAGGAUCACAUCUGCUCACAUCCUGCAGGCUCUGCUUCCUGCAUGGGAGACUCUGGAGCGCCUCUGUUCUGUCACAAACGUGACGUCUACUUCCUGUUCGGCGUGGUCUCAUGGGGCAGCUGGCGGUGCGACGCAGACAAGCCGGCCAUCUUCACCGGACUCUCAGACUACCGCUCAUGGAUUGAUGACGUGACGGAACAAUAAAGUUUGAUUUGAAAUG